CGUGCGCGCGCAGCGCGGGAGGCCCCCGGCGGCGCCGCCCGCCGUGCGCGGGCCGGGCCGGUGCCGGGACCGGAGCCGGGAUCGGGACCGGGAUCGGAGCCGGGAUGCGGCUGCAGUGCGAGGUGGAGGUGCUCAGCCGGCUCCUGCCCACCUGCGGGCUGCGGGGCCGCGGCCGCGCCGCUCGGGCGCUGCUGUCGCUCGGGCGCCCGCCCGGCGCUGCCGGUGCCGGGAUUUACCUCAUGGUGUGCACGGCGCGGGACCGCGGCGGGGCUCGGUACAAGGUGCAGCAGAACGUGGAGCGGCUCUUCACGCGCUUCGUGGAGGAGGGAAAGGCCACGGUGCGGCUGCGGGAGCCCGCGGUGGAUCUGUGCCUCAGCAAGGCAAAUGUGAGCAAUUUAAAGACUUUCCUUUCAGCCGUGAGACUGGCUCACCAAGGCAACGACACCGGCGUCCUCCCUCUCUCGCCUCUGGUCCCGGCGAAGAACUCCGACGUGGAGAAGCCCAAAACCAAAAUGAUCAUCACUUCCAGGAGGGAUUAUCCCCUUGCCAAGAGCUUCCCUUUCUCCCUGGAGCACCUGCAGACCUCAUACUGCAAGCUGGCCAGGAUCGACAGCAGGGUGCUGUGCCUGAAGAAGCUGCGCAAGCUGGACCUGAGCCACAACCACAUCAAGCAGCUGCCGGCCACGCUGGGGGACCUGGUGUGCCUGCAGGAGCUCGACCUGCACGACAACCACCUGGAGGCCUUCAGCGGGGCCCUGUGCAGCUCGGGCCUGCAGAAAUCCCUGCAGCUGCUGGACCUGAGCCAGAACCAGAUCCAGGCGCUGCCGCUGGAGUUCUGCCAGCUGCGGGGCCUGGUGCAGCUGCGGCUGGACGACAACGCGCUGCUGCGCCUGCCCUGCCGCAUCGGGCAGCUGAGCCGCCUGCGCUGCCUGUCGGCCGCGCGCAACAAGCUGCCCUUCCUGCCCUGCGACUUCAGGAAGCUCUCCCUGGACAACCUGGAUCUCUUUGGGAAUCCUUUCGAGCAGCCCAACCCGCUGGUUCCCAACAUCCAGCUGAAGAUCCCCCUGACUCUGCUGGAGUGCGCGGCCAGGGCCACCGUCAACCACAGAAUCCCUUACGGCUGCCACCUCCUCCCUUCCCACCUGUGCAAGGACCUGGAGGUGGCCAAGACGUGUCGCUGCGGGAGGGCCUGCCUGAGCAGCUUCAUCCAGAUCACGGUGACCAUGAACCUGCACCACGUGGCGCACACCGUGGUGCUCGUGGACAACAUGGGCGGCACGGACGCGCCCGUGCUCUGCUACUUCUGCUCCCUGCACUGCUACUCGCAGUUCCUGGACAGGCACCUCCAGAGCCACGCGUGACACGAGCCACCGUGGGCUGGCUGGGGACGGAGGAGCCUGGAGGCCCUGGCUGCUGUCACCCGCCGUGUCACCGGCACUGCCUGCGGAGACAGAUCCCGCUGGGAGGGAGGGGACACGGCCUGGCCUGGCUCUUCUGUCCCGCUGGGAAGGAGGGGACAUGGCCUGG